AUGGCGUUGGCUGCAGAUCAACGGAGAAGCAUCCUCAAGGUGUUGAUGCUCUCGCUCCUUUUGGACCUGAUCUCCUUCACCUUUAUUCUACCAUUAUUCCCCUCCCUCCUCACCUUCUACCGCAACCAAGAUGACUCCCCGACCUCCCUUCUAAACCGCGUCUUCCACUACUUAAACGCGUACAAGAACUCCUUCGCUAAACCAAUCGACUCGCGCUAUGAUAUCGUCCUCCUCGGUGGCGGACUGGGCUCGCUCUUCUCCCUCCUCCAAGCCAUCGCAGCUCCCUUCAUCGGCCGUCUCUCCGAUCGCCAUGGCCGCAGGAGAGCCCUCCUCUGUUCAAUGGUAGGUAACAUCUUCAGUGUCGCGCUCUGGGUCGCCGCUACGGACUUCCGGACGUUCCUGGCCAGUCGCAUUGUUGGCGGGUUGAGCGAGGGGAAUGUACAGUUGGCCAAUGCGAUUGCGACGGAUAUCAGUGAUGAAAGUCAGCGCGGUGGGACGAUGGCGCUCGUGGGUGCUUGCUUCAGUAUCGCGUUUACAUUUGGACCGGCCCUGGGGGCGGGGUUAUCGAGCAUUACGACUGUUGCUGCGAACCCGUUUGCGACGUCUGCGGGUGUUUCGCUGCUGCUGAUUGUUCUGGAGACGGCGUAUUUGUGGUUCUAUCUGCCGGAGACGCAUCCUCGUCUCACGCAGCUGCAGCAUGCUAAAUCGGACGAUGCUACAUCGAAGAAGAACGAUUCUCCCGGCUCGAAAGCGACGGCCAAACACACACACACCAACAACCCGGGCCUCCUUAAUGCCCUCCAUCUGCUUUUCCUCCUUCCCUUCUCGGGCAUGGAAUUCUCCCUCCCCUUCUUAACAGCUACCUUCUACUCCGCCAACACGAAAGCCAGCCCGUCCGCUCUAAAUGGCCGUCUUCUCUCCAUGAUGGGUCUCAUCGCCUCCCUCCUCCAAGGAACCGUCGUCCGCCGUCUUCCGCCCCUCGCCACACUGCGCAUUGGUGUGGUUGCCUGCGCGAUCUCGUUCUUCCUCCUCGCACGGGUGUCCUCCCUCGCAGGCCUCUACGGUGCAGGCGGUCUACUGGCGAUCACCAGUGCGACCGUGGUGACUAGUCUGAACAGCCUGGGAAGCUUUGAGGCGCGCGAGGGUGAGCGUGGGGUUGUCCUUGGGAGACUCAGGAGUUGGGGACAAGUCGGACGUGCAGCGGGACCGGUAUUGUUCUGCUCGUUAUUCUGGUUUGCUGGGAGGGAAAUUGCGUAUACCACUGGUGGGUUUGCGAUGGUGGGUGUUUGCGUGGGGGUCUUUGCGACGUUGAAGUCGCCCCCUAUUGCUGCCCCAGGGAGGAAGUGA